AUGGAGGCGCAGGGUUUAGGGGUGGAGACGGCGGCGCGGCUCCCGCGGGGAACCGCGGCGGCUGCGGAGCUGGCGUCUUCGGCGGAGAAAGACCCGUCGGUGGUUGUCCUACCUCCCUGUGACUCGCCGCGGAAGGGGUCACGGAGUCUCCUUCCGUCGGAGAAGGGCGACGACGAGCACGAGGCGUGGCGCCACCGCGACAGCGCGUCCUCGCUCUGCACACAGGCUUCCCAGGGCGAUGUUCGGAAGAGGCGCUCCAGUCGGCGCCUGUCCGACGAGCCGCUCUCCCUCCACUCGAUCUCGUCCCUCUCCACGAUCGGCUCCCUGGAUAGUCACCGCCUGAGCGCCCUCGAGGCUCAGGCCUCGCUCUUGCUCGCACACAUCGCAGAAACCCGCGACGAAAAGGCCGCCCCGUGUAGCUCCGCCAAGACCGCGGAGGCCCCCCCCGCGGCGCGGCGAGAAGAGGGCGAACCAGACGACCAGGGCGCGAAGCGCCAAGACGCCCCCCUAGACGGGCGGGAAGAUCGGGCGGCUGAGCAAGCAGGAUCACCGCCGUCCUCUUCGUCCUCUACGGUGGUUUCGCCGCAUCUGGAUCAAAACGUCGUGCGGGAGUGGGAGAAAGAGCGAGGCCUCGCUCACGCGCCAGCCAUCUCCAUUCCGCCAUCGGCUCUGCCCCUGGAGGAGGAAGAAAAGACGAAACAAGAGGGCACUCAGGAGCAUUGGGAGAGUGCGCGGGCGUCGCUCUCCCUCUCUUUCACGUCAUGCGAUCGCGAAGAAGCCAGUGCGGCCGCGUCCUCUCCUGCGACGGAUGUCCCGCUGUCGUUCAGUCUCCACAGUUCCGAGGAGACUCCCCAGGCGCCGUCCUACUCGUCGUCGUUCUCCCCGUUCUCUUCACCUGCCUCGUGUCCCUUUUCUUCGUCUGCGGCGCCCGCCGCGCUCUCGGAGCUGCCGGCGUGCAGCUCGCAGAGCGGCGCCGAGCACGCUUUCCCGGCGGAGUGGCUCAAGGGCGAGAGAGGCGUGAAGUCCCUGCGGCGGCCGCAGCUGCUCGCUGGCGACGCGGCCUUGGAGGCCUCCGCGGGCGUGCGCGGAGGCGGCGAGCGAGCGGAGAGUGUGAGAAACGAGCACGCCGCCUCAGAGGGAGAAGGCCCGCGCGAGGGCGACCGUCUCCCUGAGUCGGUUCUUCGCGCGGCAGCGGCGCCGUCGCGCCCCGUCGCUGCGAGCCAGCCCGCGACGCUGCUGACGUCCAUCGCCGCAAGGAACGACGCCGAGUUGCAGAGAGACGAGGCGUUCCUGAGCAAGGCGCUGUCGCUGCUCCCGCAGGGCUUGGGCCUCGGCGACAAGGAGAGCUCGGUGCUGCUCGACGUUCUGGUUGCUUUGGGCUUGGAGAGAGAGGAGGAGCGCGGGGAGGCGGGUGCGGGCGAGUCGCGGCGGGCAGCCGCGCCCGGCGCGCGCCGCGAGCGAGCGAAGAAGGGAAAGGGCGGUCUGGGUGACCGGGGAGUUGGCGAGGAGGAAAGGGUUCAGGAGGGCGACAACAAUCACCACGGUGAGAAGGGACCGCGCGCAGACGAGUCUGCCGCUCUCGAGGGCGAAGGGAAGCCGAGGCGCGACGCGGCGGCGGCGGGGCUUUCUCCCUCGCUCCACGACAUCAUGUCGUCGUCCUUGGCUUCCUCCUCGCUUUCUGCGUCGUCGGCGGCCUCGCCCCCGCCUGGAGCUUUCUCUCUCUCUGCCCCCGGCGCGGGCUCGUCUGCGUACUACGGCGGCGUGCCGUUUCCUGUAACCGUGCAGCCGCCAGGGCUCGAACUCAACAGGAGCGACGCGUCUCUAGUGUGGAGGUCAGACUCUCUGGUGUCUCCGUACCUGCCUUAUGCCUCGCUCUUCCCCGGCGGCACGUCUGCGGCGGCCAGCUGGGACGCUGCGGGCCUCUCCGCGUCGCCGCGGCAAGACGCCCGACGGGAUGCAGCUGGGGCGGCCGCUUCGCCUGGCGUGCUCCUGAACGAAGACGACAUUUCUUCGCUGCUGGAGCACCUCCUCGCGACGACGGAGCGCCAGAGGCGCGACGCCACCCCGCAGCAGUCCGAUGCGGCGCUUCUAGAGCGGCUGCUGCUCGACAGGGACAGUCCCUUCGCCCCACACGCGCCGCCGUCCCCGCACGUCAGCCGAGCCGCGGCACAUGCCGCGCCUCUCCCUGAGGUGGCGCGGUGUUCAGGCGCGCCUGGGGCGAAGGGCGGCGCGAGUUUCGAAGGCAGUUCCGCGGCGCGCCAUCAUUCGGAUCUCUCCUUCCUCUUGUCGCCCGGCGGGGAGUUUGAGAAAACGAGGCUUCUUCAGCAAGCUGCGGCGCAAGAUAUCGCGUCGCUUCUCCAAGCGAACGCGCUGUUGGCGCCGUUGCGUUCUCCCGGGGCCUGCGGUCAGAGGGCGCAGCGCGCGAGUCUGCUGGGGACACAGUGCCACCUCUCGUCGCUUUUCCCGCGCCGUCUCGCUUCGCAUCCGACUCCCGCUUCCCACGUCAACAGCGUCGCUUCGUGCGACGAAGGCAGUCUCGAGGGCGCGCGAGGCGCCGCACAGGUUGCGGGUGACAAUCGAGGGGGCGGGUCGCCCUUGCCCGGAGUUCCAGGCGCAAGCGUGUCCUCCUCUCUCCUGGCCUCUUCGGUCGCGUCUGGUCCGUCGGCGCUGAAUUUCCUCUGCUCAGAGGCCUCCGCACAGGCACGUGCAGGUGCUCGCGGGGCGCGAGGCGUCGCCACAGGUGUGGUAUCAGCGCCUUCGCCGACAGCGGUGUCAGUCGCGGGCGUCGGCGCGGAGUCGAGACGCGGCAAGAAGAAGCGAGAGGGUCGUCGCGGAAGGGGCCUGGCUGCGGCUGUCGAGAACUUGGACGCCGCAACGGCGCCGCUUCCUCCGUCGUGCAGCGCGGCUCUGCGGAGCUUCCGCCUGGGCACCCUCCAGCCCUUCACGUUGCGCGAUGUCGGCGACAAUGCGCUCGAGUUCUCGAAGGACCCGUUCGGGUCGGCCUUCCUCCAGGAGCAACUGGAGGUCUGCUCUCUCGGGGAGCGCGUCCCGAUUCUUCUGCAGCUGCUGCCCCACGUGUUGGACCUCACAGCCGACCAGCAUGGAAACUACGUCCUCCAAAAAUUCCUAGAGAAAGGCACGGACAAAGAAAAGGAGUGGCUCGCGGCACAGCUGGUAGGCCACGUGUUCCGCCUCUCGCUGGAAGUCUACGGCUGCCGGGUGAUUCAGCGGGCGCUCGAGUUCCUCGCGGUGCCCGCUCAACUGCGGCUCGUCGCAGAGCUAAAGGACCACGUAGUCACCUGCGUCGAGGAUCAGCACGGCAACCACGUCAUUCAGAAGUGCGCGGAGCGCCUUCCGUCGCCCUCAGUUCAGUUCAUCAUCGACGCCUUCAAAGGCCAGGAGGCGCGCAUGAGCGUUCACUCCUACGGCUGCCGCGUCAUUCAGCGUCUCCUUGAGGCCUGCCCGGUCUCUCAAACGGCUCCUCUCAUCGACGCGGUCAUCGCGGAGCUGCGCAUGCUGAUUCGCGACCAGUUCGGUAAUUACGUGGUUCAGCACAUCCUCGAGUUCGGCCGAGAGUCUGACAAAAUGAAAAUCAUCGAUUUGAUGUGCGAAGACAUAAUUCCUCUGUCGACCGAGAAAUACGCGUGCAACGUCGUGGAACGGGCUCUCACACUCGACGCCAUGGGGCGGGCGCGCCGCGGAAUCAUCAGUGCGGCCCUCGGACAUGAAAUGGUAGGACAGCCUUUGAAGAGGAUGAUGCUGGAUCGCUACGGCAACUACGUCGUUCAGAGAAUGAUGGAGGUGGCCCCGGACGACCUGAGGCCGUCGCUGUUGCAGCUGCUGCGUGAGCACGUCGACGUGCUGAAGAGAUUCACAUACGGCAAGCACAUCGUGACGGCUCUGGAGCGUCUCGACGGCGCCAGCGGCGUCUCGGGAGAUCCGUCCGCGAAUCCUUCCCCGUCGUCGCCGCUGCCUUCGUACGCAGCAGGCGCCGCCGGAAGCUCAAAGUCCGGGGCGCGCGGCGACGCGGCGAGCUUGCGGGCGUCUCGUCAGUCUCCGCGUGUGACUCGCAGCGUCUCUGCCACGCUCGUCCACGCGCCAGGCCCAGUGGCGCAGCUGUUUAGCUCUGUGUCGUUUUCGGGUGCGCCGAUGCCGCACGCGCGCGGGGGGAACCUUCGCGGCGCAGGGCUUUCGGGGCGUUCCGGCGGGGCUGCGGCCUCCGCGGCGCAGUCUGGCACGCCGUCGGCUCUGCCGGCGCACGCGCCGCUCGCUGCGGGAGGCGGUGGUGCGUACGCGGCGCAGGGCCGAAGCGAGGGGCCUUCGGACGCUACAGAGGCCCGUGACGCGGGCAGGCGGUUCGGGUCCGGUCAGGCGAAGCAGGGAAGCAGCGAGAACGGGGCGCGGGGCGGUCGCGGAGAAAGAGAAGAGAAACUCUGUGACCGCGCACGCCAGGAGAAGUCUGCAGCAGGGGACGAGGCGGGCGCGUCCGAGCCGAGUCUGGGUGCGGGCGACGCGCGCGGAGGGAAGGCAGCGGCUGCGAAGGCUGGUAAGGAGGUCGAGAGUGGAGGCGCGGGCAAGGGCCGCAGGGCGGAGCGCGGCCGAGGGGGCGAGGAGUCUUUCGGGCGCAUGGUGGCGCAGCUCGAGAGGCGAGGCGGCGCCGGUCCAGGCCUAGAGAAGUCGGGGCGUCGGCUAGACGCCGCCGACAAGUUGCUCCACAGAGGCCACACCUUCGCCGCCGGGAGUAGCGCCGCCGACGCGAUGCGGGUCGCCCUACGUGAAGAUGUGCCCCGUGCGAGGGAGAGAAGUGGCGGCAUGGCCUCCAAGGCGAAGCGUGACGAGGACGCGCAGAGCUCGCAGACUGCGUUGAGCCAGGCGUCUGCUUUGGCAGCUCUGCAGCGGUAUUUCCUGGCGUCUCUGUCUCCUUCGGGUGCCCCUCUCGACUCGUCGUCCAUGUUGUCGUCUCUUCCAGCGGACAGCACUUUUGAAGCCAGCCGCACACAGCCUCACCACUCGACGUUCGCGGCCCUGGCGUCCUCGAGCUUCGGUCCCAGCGCCUCUGCGGGACCGCAGUUUCCGAACUGCCGCGCCCCGCAGGGCGCUAGUGCCCAGGCGUCUGGCAGCCAUGUUUCCCAGCGCGUCGCCACUUUCUCAAAUGACGGCUCCUCUGUGGCCGUGGGCGCGGCGGCCGACGGCAGUGUGCGCGGCGCGGGCUCCAGCGGCGCGGUCGGGCCUUGCCGCAGGAACCAGCGGACGCCGAGUGCGAGCUUUUCGCGCAGCGGCGUGCCCUUCGGGGUUCCCCGUGAGGAGGGCGCCGCAGGAGCGCCUGCGUGGAGGAGGGACGGUGAGGCUAGCGAGGCGGGGUCGGAAGACGCGGGCAGCGCACGCUCGAGCGCCGCCGGCGCCCUCGCGGCUGAGGCCAUCCGCGAGGACAAGGCGGCGGGCAGAGAGAGUGACGGGGGGGUGGGGCGAUGCAGCGGCGCAGGCAGCAUGCUGCCACUCACGCCUGAGAUGAUGAAUGAGGUGCUCAAAGUCUUCCACCACUACCGCCAGCAAACGCAGAGCCCAGAGGAUCCCUUCGCCGCCUGGGGCCUCUCUGAGCGCGGCGGAUGGGACGCUGGGGACGGUGAGGCUCCCGCGGGGGCUCCGCCGUCCUGA